AUGUAUUCGUCUUUGACGACCGUAGCGGGAAUUCGAGAAAUAAAGGCAUUACCUCCGAGUUUCAUCGAAGUGCUACUAGGCGUCAUAGACGUGGAUGCUGGCGAACCGUUUGCCAUCGAAUGCAGCUUUGAGGGCAAGCCAACUCCGUCCAUUGAAUGGACGAAGGACGGUCAGCCGUUGUUGCCCAGUUCAAGAAUAAACCUGUGCUACGACGGCGAGAGUGCGUCCCUGAGAAUUGCUUCGUCUCAGGUGUCUGAUUCAGGGCGCUACUGUUGCAACAUUUUAAAUUUGGCUGGUGUCGCAGAAGGUGGUUCGAACCUGAACGUGUUCAAAAGAAAAAACUCAGGUAAAUGCUUCAGUAUUUGCCUCAGUUUGAAAAACACCUGAUC